AGAGCAUGCUCGAGCUCGUGACACUUUUGUCGCUGUUUUUGUCGAUAUGAUAGGUUUACUAACCUGUAAUCGUCAACUUUAACGAUUAAUAUCUCAGUUCGCGAGCCAGAGAAAGUUUUUUCUACCAGAUUCAGUCAUUUCAUACAAAAAUAUGUCGAAUGACUAAUUUUAUCAGUACCGGACAUAAGGUAGCUCAACUCGAUUAUUACCUAGGCUGUGAUUCAAUUCAUGUUGACAAUGCUGAUCGGCUCAUGAGUAUCGUUUGUCUUCGUUUAACAUUUUUUUAAUAAACAACAAGGAUGAAAUGAUUUUUAAGCGUGUGAACGUGAAUCGGACCUAGAUGCCUCAUCUAACCCGCAGCCGUUUUUUUUUGUAUGUCAAAAAAUUUAUGUAUGUAUUUUUACGCACAAUCUUCUUGAGCCAUGUCAGACGCUUUUGAAGAAAUACAAGCGAUUAAGAUAAAGAGAAACAGUUAUCGUGAGAAACUACAGAAGAGGAAACGUGAGAGACAUGAAUUGUAUACCCUCACUUCUACGCCGGCUUCAUCCACCCUGACAGCAGAGUCGGCGUGUCCUGAUUCUAAUGCAUCUUCACGUUCGGAUCACAGUGAAUAUGAAAGAGACGUACUUUGUAUCUUACACGAGUCCUUACCUAAUCUACCGAUAACAUCCGCAGACUUGAUAGACCAGCUACGUAAAAAUCUUAAUGCCGAUGUAUCUUCUUCAGAUAUCCACAAGAUUCUGGAGAAGCUGGCUGCACAAGAUAUAGUUAAGAUCAAAGAAGUUACAGAGAAUGGAGUAUUUGGAUAUACAGUGUUGUCGGUAACAGAAUCCCAAUCGUCAUGUCAAUCUCAGUCUGAUGACACAGAGAAUGCCGAAAGCAUAGAAAUGUCUAUGUCUGAAUUAAAUGACCAUGUGCCUCCAGAGAAACAAGCGAAAGUUGACAAGAAAAAUACCGAGGAUAUCAUGUCUCUAAUUUCGAUGCCGACGAUUAGAGAAAAGGAGAGCAAGAAGGUCGGUGAACAGAUCCUGGAUCUACUGUCAAAGCAGACUUCCAAAGAGAAAUCGCUGGCAGAACGAUUUCGCUCUCAGGGAGGAGCUCAAGUUAUGGAAUUCUGUCCACAUGGUACAAAAGUAGACUGUAUGAAAUUGAAUGGUGGUCCGGGAUUCGCGGAAAAAUGUAAAAAGCUGCAUUUUAAAAAGAUCAUACAGAGUCAUACAGAUGAAUCUUUGGGAGAUUGUAGUUUUCUCAAUACCUGCUUCCACAUGGACACAUGCAAAUAUGUUCAUUAUGAGGUAGAUGGUCCUACGGCACAACUAAAAGAAAUCAAUGACUCCGAUAGUUCGAGCAAUACCACAUCUAACAAGACGUUGAAUCUAGAUAGCAAAAAUGGUAGCAGUAGCAGUAGCAACUUUGCUGUGAUCAUGGCCGAUCCACCAUGGGACAUUCAUAUGGAGUUACCUUAUGGCACUAUGUCAGACGAUGAGAUGAGACAAUUGGGAAUCCCAGCACUUCAAGAUGAAGGACUCUUGUUUCUUUGGGUGACUGGCAGAGCUAUGGAGCUGGGAAGAGAGUGUCUGCAGCUAUGGGGUUAUGAGAGGGUUGACGAAAUCAUCUGGGUGAAGACUAAUCAAUUGCAAAGGAUAAUACGGACUGGUAGGACAGGUCAUUGGCUAAAUCAUGGCAAGGAACAUUGUCUGGUCGGCAUGAAGGGUAAUCCUCGUAUUAAUCGAGGAUUGGACAGUGAUGUGAUUGUCGCUGAGGUUCGUGCUACUAGUCACAAACCCGACGAGAUCUACGGCAUCAUCGAGCGAAUGAGUCCCGGUACCAGAAAAAUUGAAUUAUUUGGUCGGCCGCAUAAUGUACAACCCAACUGGAUUACGUUAGGCAACCAGGUGGAUGGUGUUCAUCUAAUUGAUCCGCAACUUAUUAAGGCCUUUAAAAAACGUUAUCCCGACGGAAACUCGAUGAAGCCUACCAAGCCAUAAAAUUUCCUUGUUCAAUAAAAGAUUAAACGGAGAUUAAUGAUGUAAUUAAAUUUCCAAAGAAUUUAAAAUGUUAAAUAUCAAUUUUAAGAAAAUUUAGAUCAAGUUUUUUAAAAAGAUGGUUUAUAUUUCUUCGCCUCUAUGAAGUACAAUAUUUGAAUUUGCUAAGUAUCCAUCGCGUUUUUGACAUUUUUUUAAGAGCUCGAUAAAUCGAUUAAAAUUUUUAUAAAUAGACAUCUAUCAAU